CAUGAUAAAGAACUCAAAUAAUUCUUCAUCAACAAGCAUCAUAUCAAAUUAACAAAACCUCUAUGGCAAAGUGAGUACCAAAAGAUCUAUCCCUCCUUUAAUUCCUUUCAUCCAACCAUUUUCAUCACACUCCCAAUUCACUACCAUGUUUCCCUUCUUCUUUUUUCUCCUUUUCCUCUCUUCUUUCCCAUUUACACUAGUCUUUUCCUCCCAUUGCACAACUUCAACUUCAACCAAAACAUUUGAAAAAUGUAUGCCACUCCCUUCUCAAGAUGCCUCUAUUUCUUGGACUUUUCAUCCCCAUAAUGCCACUCUUGAUAUUGUCUUUUUUGGUUCUUUUAUUUCUCCUUCUGGUUGGGUUGGUUUUGGAAUUAACCCUACUUCUCCUGAAAUGACUGGAACUCGUGCAUUAAUAGCUUUUCCUGAUCCAAAUUCAGGCCAACUUGUUCUUUUACCUUAUAUAAUUGAUCCAUCAGUCAAAUUGCAAAAAAAUCCACUUCUUUCACGUCCUUUAGAUAUUCAUCUCCUUACUUCUUCAUCUACUUUAUAUGGUGGCAAAAUGGCUACUAUACAUAAUGGUGCUACAAUUCAAAUUUAUGCCACGUUAAAACUUGUUACAAACAAGACCAAAAAUAUACACUUUGUUUGGAACCGUGGAUUAUAUGUCCAAGGCUAUUCACCUACAAUUCAUCCUACUACAACCAAUGAUCUUUCUUCAAUAGCCACAAUUGAUGUCCUUUCUGGUUCAGAAGCAAAAUAUCAUAACAAUUUCAUGACACUAAAAUAUAUUCAUGGGGCUAUAAAUGCAAUUUCUUGGGGAAUUAUUCUUCCUAUAGGCGCGGUCACAGCGCGUUACUUAAGGCACGUAGAAUCACUAGGACCUGCAUGGUUUUAUGCACAUGCAGGGAUACAAUUAUCGGGAAUUUUACUUGGAACUGUUGGAUUUGGAUUUGGAAUUCGAUUAGGUCAACUUUCACCUGGGAGAGUUUAUGGACUACAUCGAAAACUUGGGAUUGCGACGUUUAGUUUGGGCAUGUUACAGACAUUGGCAUUGUUUUUUAGGCCUAAGACGACAAAUAAAUUUAGAAGAUAUUGGAAAUCUUAUCACCAUUUUGUUGGUUAUGCUUGUGUGGUUUUAGGAGUUGUGAAUGUUUUUCAAGGAUUUGAAGUAAUGGGAGAAGGAAAGUCUUAUACUAAAUUGGCUUAUUGUUUGUGUUUGUCAACAUUGAUUGGUAUUUCUGUGGCUUUAGAAGUGAAUUCUUGGGUUGUUUUUUGUAGAAAAGCAAAGGAAGACAAGUUGAGAAGAGAAGGAUUAAUUGGAAGUUCUGGGAAAUUUAGUGGAUCAAGUCAUGGUUGAUUCAUUCAAUUAUGGAAAAUUUAUGUUACAAAUUGUCAUUAUUUUUUUUAUGGUUCAAAAUAUUUGAACUAAGAUUUUGGAUUUUCUAAUGUAAUUUUCAUAUAGAUGAUCAUUGCUUGUCCCUUAAACAAAUCCUUUUAUUGUAUUCUAAAAAUUGAUUUUGCAA